AUGGCCCACGAUCUGGACAUUGUCGGUCCCCUGUCGAGAGCCUUCGUGCAACAGCGCCCCGUGCCGGUUUCGCCGGAUGAAGGCAGUUAUUUUGACUUCUUCCGCCACGCCACUGUUCCUGGCACCUGUCAUCUGUUUCCCUCAAGCUUCUGGCAAGAAAAAGUGAUGCAGCUAGCCCACAGCGAGCCUGCUAUCUGGCACGCGACCGCCGCGCUGGGUGCUCUUCAUCAGAGGUCAGAAGUGGUCCUGCAAUCCAUCGGGAGUCACGAGAUGGCGCUCCUUAACCAGGGACUCGCGCAUUAUGGACAGGCCAUGGCGCUCGCAAAGGGUCUGGACUCCCCUACCAAGGUCGCGGUUCUGUCACUAGCCCUCGUCGCCAUCGCAAGCCUCCUCGAGAGGUGGCCAGAGAUGCACACGCAUAUCAUGGCUUGCUUCAAAAUCAUCAAAGAGCACGAGGCGCAUACGCCAAGCUUCAAAGGUCUCCUUGGUUCAUUGAUGCGAUCGGAUCUGCAUGCGAUGACUCUUAGCGACUCUCAAUCGCCUUAUCCGUACGAAGAAUCGUCAUCCGUGUUUGCUGCCAGCCGGUUUCUCGCAUCUCCUCCUGUCGAGGGAGACUCCUACGAGGAGCUCGCCUCAGAGCUGUUCGGCCUAGGGAGAGCAUGGUUUCUUUUGGAUGAUGGCACUCUUUCGGCGAACGCCUUGUAUGGCCCUUGGAUUACAAAUCUUGAUGCUUUUCAUCGUCGCCUCGCUCAAUGGGAGGCUAAGAUGGGAAAUUAUGAAAAGACUCACAAUGGUGAUAGUGAACUGACGACAAGGUUGUCGCUUCGCCUCUAUCAUAUUACCUUCCGAACAAUUCUCCGGGGUACUUCGUUUGGCCCCGAGACUCGUUUUGAUUCACUACUGGGCUACUUUGAGUAUGCCGUGAGGCUGGUGAUGUGCCUUCGGCGGAAAUUGGCCACUGCAGACGUAAUAGGGCUGAGUCUGGAACCCGGGGUGAUCGUCCCCUUAUGGAUAGUGUGUCAACGUUGUAGGCACCCUUCUCUGCGCCGAGCUGCUCUCAAGCUUCUGAGUGAGGCGAACAGGGUAGAAGGCAUAUGGCCGAGCCAUGCGGCAAUGGCAGUGUUGCAGGCUGUUGCAGCCUUGGAGGAAGAAUCCCUGGGCCCUGUCGACGUAGAACCCUUUGCGCCGCCAGAUUCGGAUACUUCGUUCUUAUCCGACAUUCCGUGGAGCGCCUGGUCCAAGCCUCAAUUUGACAUUCCCACAACUCAAAGUUGGGCCAACGUGCCUGUGAUAUCAGAAGAGAUGCGCGUGAGAGAUAUUCUGGGUUCAAAGCGAGUUGCAGAGCGACAGAUCGACCUACGCCUCUUGAUGAGCUCGAAUAAUAGCGCCGAGCCAUAUGGAAUGCCGGUGGAGCUAACUGUAAGUUACUAA